CCUAUAUUAUAAAUUUCUUGCAUAAAUUUAAACUAGCUAACAAUGCGCUGCCGCUGAAUUUAAAUGAAACAAAUAUAAGACCGUUGUGCCAUAUGCUAUAAAUUAUAUACUUCCCCAAAUAGUCCUAUGAGUGUUCGUAAUAUUAUGGAGACUAGUAAUAAGAACACUUGGAAUCGAUCGAUGCAAAAGAAGUUCAUCGUGUACAGCGUGCCCUUAGCAGGUCGAGAAGCAGUACUUUAGCACCACCACCUUCAUUGAUUUUUGCUCUACAGUCGACAUAGUUUUAAAGGUUACCGGUUUUAAAGGCUUUUCAAGCUAGCCGGCACUAGACUGCCAAUCUCUUCAGGACACAAAUACUUGUUUUCAUGGUAGUUCAAAGUGAUCGGAGUAAACCAAAUUGGGAAACGUGUCUGUGGCUGGCUUCUUGUAGGCUCCUAACAUUCAGUACCGGUCGCUAUCAUCGCCAGCAGGCCAGACUGACUAUGCCUAAACUAAAGUAGCUACGUACAUCAGCUCGUUCACCCACUUAAAAAUGAUGCUUAGUCGACCCUUCAGAGAAUCGAAGGUUGUAUUUUUCGUAUCCUAUGAAGUUUCACUGAUCUUGCAGUAUUCAGCUGUGAGCAGAAUAUUCUUUUUGAAUAUCAGGUAAUGAUGUGUAAAGAAAAGGGACCAAAAAGAUCCUACUACUCUUAAAAAAAAGAUAGGCCGAUAUUAAAAUAUUCAGUACGCUUUGUUUUUGGCGCAUCAGCAUUGACAUUUUAAGGAACAAUAUCAAUACAUGACUCCUUUUUUAAACCAUGCACAUUAUAGGUUACGUUGUGCAUCAAAUUCGUAUCAUCUUCUCUACUUCAAAAAAAACACCCUUGCUCCAUGUUUGUUUAUAGUAUAUUCUUCCGAAUAUAAUAAUAGUCGGAGCAAGUCAACUAAUUUAUAAUUGGGUGUCGCGUGACUCAGUUCAUUCUUAUGUUUAAUUUUCUGUUCUUUUAAUCAGAGCCGACUGCUCGAAUGGUAAAGUGAUAAACGUUUUAUUGUUAUUGUGAAAUCCUCAAAAAAAAAGUACUGCAAAUACUAUAUAUAUAUAGGAUUUCAGAAAUGCUGAAAUAGACGGAACCCACGCUCUGUAUACAGUUGUUCUAAACACCAAAAAGCCGAAAGCCGUAAUAACACCAAGUCCUUAAAACAAAUGAAUUAGUGACUAGAAAUACGGCACGUGUUUUUAAGAUUCAGCUUCCCAACGCAUCAGUGACAUAGGUCAAUUGACGAACCAUCCAAGAACAUUAGAGUCACAGUGCAGUAUAAUUUUAUGUCUUAUGGCACAUCGCAACAUACAAUAUCCACUUAAUGCAUGCAUUGUAGCACGGUAAUGAUUUGAUUGAAAUACCAGCAGGAAUGAUAGCAGUUAUCCAGAGAAAAUUAUACGUUGCGUGUACAGUCCGCUAUUGACAAGAUGUUGUCCACGGAGCUUUUUUCACUCGUGGGAAGUUCUGGCGACGGCGGGGGGGGGGAGGGGGUGGUGCAUCAAAAUGACCGACAAAAGCAGAAAUAUAUAAUAGUUACUGUGGACAUUACCGUGUGACGGUGAGAUGUCAUCUGUUGAUGUCAAACACUGACGGGUUCGUUCGGCGCAAUAGUCGACCUAGCCAAAUAAAUACGAAGGAGCAAUCUGUACUACUAGUAGUGUUCGUAUGGCUAGCUGAAGAAGCGCUCAUUUUUUGCUCAUUGCCACCUGUCAGCAGAAAGCCAUCCUCUAUUUCAAAAGGAUCUACCAAAGACAGGCGUAUUGCGUACAAAAUCCUCAUCCCUCACACUCUCACCUAUUAUGUUACAGAAGUCUGGUUUGACCUGGUCGAUCGUCCAUGCGCGCCCCUUGCCGCAACGACGCAGUAAAGGAAGCAGGCAAUAGGCGAGCAUAAUACCAUCAGGCUAAGAAAAACUUUUAUAAUGCUAUCCACCACAUUACCACCGAACCAAUGUUAAGCUGCUGACUGCUGAAGUUAAUGCGGCCCUGAGCGAAGGUGAGGCCGCACGACAGCCGAGGCAGUGCGCUAGUGUCAACGGUGCAGCGGCUAACGCUAUACACGUCGACGACCAGGACAUACAUAAGUAAUUUAUACAGAUAUACACUCUCUCUGUUUGUGCGGUGAGUGAAGGUUUACAUGUGUGCGUGUGCGUGUGUGUGUGUGUGUGUUCCAGUGUUUAGAAACGAGCGGGACGUCCGUUGUUAUCUUUGUUUGUAUCUACGUCUGUUUCGGUCGGUGCGUCAAGGGACCUGACUGCAUAAAUAGAACAGAAGAGCUACGCAACGGGCAACUACGCCGAUCUGCUGUCCGUAGGAUUGACUAUUGAGCUGAACCGAGUCGUUUAAUUUAUAGAAGUCGAUACGGAAAAAAUCAACUAUAACCACAAUUAUUGGAACUAGAACCAAUAAGCCGUUGUCACUAUUUUUGCUCUAUUUUUGAAGUAAACAUUUACGUCAGUGAGCUUCGAUCCUAGCUGGCAGUUGCACCGACCGCCACCGUGUUAAUUAAUGAGCGUUACCAUCCGCUAUUCCAAUGACUUAUAACAGAAAUGUUAACAGCAACAGCAUCUGAAAUUAUUGCUCACUAACGCUGAAGGCAGCUGAAGGCGGCGGCAAAUGUGGUCAGAUUUCGUUACUCCGAGUUGCAGUACGUCAUUGUUCUUGGCUAAUCUGAACACCAAAUAACCGCUUGGAUAAUGCUGCCUAGUAUUAAGACAUCGGAGCAGCAGCUUUUCAAGAAAUAGAAAAGGAAAGUCCAAUGGUUUAAUGUCCACAGGAACGUGUUAAUCGAAGACGGAAGACUGUGAAAAUAUACAGAGCUAGGCCCAUACAGCAAAUGUGAAAUAGGAACUGCAAUGAGUCGAGCGUGCGUCAGCAAGGCAUAAGAAGAACAAGUGAAAUUUACUGUCAUUCUCUAGUUGAUCAGCGCUCGAAAGCCGGACUCGCUAUUACUGCGACAACGAUCCUUCUACUAAGCACAUUUAAAAGGUGUCGCACCAUGGACAACCCCACGCUAAAUCUUCAGGAGUCGCCUUCAUCGCCAGAUGUGAAUGUCAGCCUAUCGGCCUAUCAACAGAAUUUAACCGGGUCCGCGCAGGUCAUCAAUGAAGCGGAAUUGACAGAGGUUCAUCUGGACGCACUAUCGAAAUGCAACCUCCAGCCCAUGAAAUCGGACGGAUCGAAUCACAAAGCUGAUAUAGUUUACACGGUCGAUGAUGUACCACCAUGGUACCUCUGCAUAGCUCUCGGGUUUCAGCAUUAUCUCACGAUGAUGGGAGGAACGUUAUCAUACCCAUUCAUCGUAGCGCCUAAACUGUGCAUCCCAGAAAACCAUCCUGCUAGAGGUUCGCUUAUUUCUACGAUAUUUUUUGUAUCGGGUAUUGGAACGUUGCUUCAGGCUACCUUCGGAGUGAGGCUACCAAUUGUCCAAGGAUCUACUUUUUCUUUUCUCGUGCCAAUUAUCGCAAUACUGUCACUUCCGAAAUGGGAAUGUCCAUCCCCAGAAGAACUGGUCAAUCGUACACACGAAGAAGUGGACGACUUAUGGAUGCCCCGAAUGCGAGAGAUACAAGGAGCGAUAAUCGGUGCAUCCCUUAUAGAGGUCGUUGUAGGGGCGCUGGGGUUGGCCGGCCUUCUAAUGCGGGUGAUAUCUCCUCUGACUGUGACUCCAACGAUUGCGUUGAUCGGCCUCUCGCUUUUCCCUGAAGCAGCAAAGCACGCGGAAACAAAUUGGCCUAUAUCAUUUGCGACCUUUGGACUGGUUGUACUAUUGUCUCAGUACCUACGUGAUGUAUCUAUUCCUAUACCAUUCAUACGAACAACGACCGGCGCGUUUAAACGCUACGAAGUAUUCAAGAUAUUUCCUUUUCAACUCCCGUUUGGAUCAGCUGAACUCGAGCCGCAUGACGACCUGCCACGACGUGCUCGAGGAUUAUGCUUGGUAGUACUGACCAUUACAACAAUGUGGUUCAUUUGUUUCCUGUUAACAGUUUCGAACGCUACAGACUUACGAAACCCACUUCGGACAGAUCUUAAGAACGGUUUGCUCGACGAUUCGCCUUGGGUUCGCGUACCGUACCCCUUUCAAUGGGGCGCGCCAACGUUUAGUUUAGGAGGAGUCGUUGGAGUUUUUGCUGGCGUAAUCAUCUCAGUGAUUGAAUCAGUGGGCGAUUACUAUGCCUGCGCCAGGUUAGCCGCGGUUCGUGUACCGCCAGUGGACGCUGUGAAUCGGGGCAUUGCCAUCGAGGGACUGGGUUCAAUCAUAUCAGCUAUAUUUGGCUCUGGAUGUGGGCUUACAUCAUACAGUGAGAAUAUCGGUGCUAUCGGCAUUACUAGGGUGGCCUCUCGUCGCGUUAUCCAGAUGGGCGCAGCCCUAAUGGUGGUCUUCGGUUGCCUUGGAAAGGUUGGCGGUUUAUUCGUAUCCAUUCCUGAGCCAAUCGUUGGUGGCGUAUUUAUCGUGAUGUUUUCGGUCGUAUCCUCGGUCGGCCUAUCCAAUCUUCAGUUUGUCGAUCUCAACUCGUCGCGAAACCUUUUCAUUUUAGGAGCGUCACUCUUUCUCGGACUGUGUAUCCCAAGCUGGGUAGCGGAUCAUCCAAAAUCCAUUGAUCUUGGGAACGAAGUUUUAACCCAGUUGGUUCGUGUUCUUCUCAGCACAUCAAUGUUUGUUGGAGGAUUUGUCGGAAUCGUACUAGACAACACUAUUCCUGGAACAUCCGCAGAACGUGGCCUUAGCGCGUGGGCUACUUAUGGCGAAGAUGGCGACGAUGAAUCAACGCGAAACGAUAAGAAAUGUUCGAUUUCAACCUACGACCCACCAUUUGUUUCUCGGCUCCCUGCUUGGACCAAGCAAUUGCCGUUCAUGCCUGGCUAUAACAGGAAGUCGCAAACAGCCAUAGUAGCGGCCACGGAGUCAGCUGUUCCUCAGCAUGUUCAUAAAGUCAAUGAGUACAAUGGUUACAAUCAUGAUACAAAGCUUUAACGCCAGUCAGGGAAAAAAGCAUCGGCCCAGUAGAUUCUCGAGACGAAAAACAGGCGACUCUUAUCUAUCAAAUCCCACCUAUCUAUAGAUAAUUGAUAAACCUGAAACUAGAUAUUUUUUUCAACAGAUAUUCGGUAUCUAAAUGUAAAAAACAUCACGCAUCAGCGCAUUGUAUAUUUUGAAUCUGAAAUUUCGUGAAUUCGCACGUAUUAAAACAACUAAAUGGCUACUUCGAUUGACUAGACAGUGCAACAAGGGGUUGAAGGUGUUAGCAAUGGUCGUGAUAGUGGAAGCUGCCCAAAAAAAAACUAAACCCUGGAAAAACUUGAGCCUCAACGGUUGCCGAAGUUGGAUCAUACACUUCGUUGAAAAUAUCGACUAGUGUAGAUGCUUGAAAUACGACAAAUACGGUUUUAUACGCUCCGCGUGCGUGCGAGGAACUAACCACGAAAAGCUACAAGUGACUAUAUAAACCAUAAGGCUCACAGUGAUGUAUUAAACUAUCGUAGAUAAAUAAUUACGUUUCAAUUUUAAUAAACCUCGCAUAAUAUUCAUUUAAAACAAGAUACGGAGUUAAAAAUCGACAAUAGGGCAAGCGAACUUAAUCUGAAUAUUGCUCAGCCAAUAUUAAAUUGUAAUUAUAAUGGAGUAAACACAAUGGACUUUAGCAUGUGCAGUUCCUGCUAGAUAACUUCAGUGAAACUGCGCCGAAAAGUUCACAGACAUGCUCAAAUUGUCUGAUCCACUGAUUGAUUUUACUGCGUCACUAACAUGUGUACACAUGCUUUGGGCUCCCCAGGGUCUGUAUAGACGUUGCAUGUUUUCCAUAUGUUACGUAUUACUAACAAAGUCUCAAAGGUUUUUUCUGCUUGAUCACACAACGACUUCCAUUCGCUCACAUGUAGUGACCCAGUGGCAAUAGAUAAUCGUUACUGCAGUAUGUCAGGCCAACGUUUAGUACGAUUAUAAUAAAUUUCUUGCAAAGUAGGAAUAUGUUCUACUACUAAUUCCUCCUAAUUAACCUAUCGAUGUUGCAUUUAGUGCAAUUUUUAAGUGAAUUUCGGUUUUCUUUGUAUAUAUAUACACACACUUAUUCGAAAUAUAUAAAAAAUAUCGUAGUGGCAAGACCUAGCGAGCUGAAUACCACAAUAGCGUGCUAUGAUUUUACUUGUUAUGACAAAAUAGUUUUCAAAGAGACUUUUGACUUUCUUCGAAAGGCAUUUGUGUGACCAGUGAAAUGUGACGAAGGAAAACAUUGAACUAGAUAAUAAGUUGGUAAACAUAACCUUAGUGUUAGCGAAUCUGACGCAUGAUCUUCUAUUUUUACAUUUUUGUGGACGCGAAAAAUAGACCUGCGAGACAAUGAGUAUGACAAACAAAGUGGGAAAAAUUUGAACAGCAUUCUAGGUCAAAAUGGGCACCUUUACGCAAAAAAAAUUGUGACAAAAGUUCAGAAGGUUGGUUAGUAGGCAGGCAAUGUAAACGACAGUACAAAAACGGGAAAAUCAAAGUUUCCACCAAGCUGAGGAACAGAAGACAAACAAAGGUCUACGGUGGCUGCAUCUAGUCUCGACGGCCUAGUUACCGAACCCGCGUAACUAUUUAUAGCAAAAUCAUCCAAGUUCAUAUUGUCUUUGACAUUUACGCUACGACCUAUUUUGAGCUGGCGACUAAAUUUGGGUCGCCUGCUCAAAACAGAAUAGUGAUGUACUUACUUGGCCGGGCCACUUCAUCAAUAUACCCAGGCCAGCAAUAAGAUCACUGAGAAUUACCCGCUGUAAAAGGAACCGAUCGCAAUGUACAUUUGAGUUUGAAAAUGAAAACCGCAACAAGCAAAUAUCACAGACCACAGAUAUCUCGUUCAUGAACUGAACGGACGACAGAUUGGAGCAUGUGGGAGAUAUCGGGCAAGUGAUUUACGGUAUUUAAUAUUGAUGUACUGCUACAAGCCUACAGUGGAGGCAGCGAGAAGUCGAGACGUAACCUAUAAUUCAAUUUGCCAUUGGCGCUAUUUAGACACCAGCGCUACUUUGGCUGAUCUUGGCUUUAAGAACUAACUCUCACGAGCAGACGCAAUGUGUGUAUAUAUAUAUAAAGCAUAGUUACAAUGUUGGUCAAAUGUGUUCGUCUCUGAGCUAAUGUGUUAUGUUUGUGACUAUUUGGCUAGAUAGGCUCCGAUACUGAGGCAUUCGAAUUAGUGUACCAGUAGACAGCUUAUUAAGUGGACAUAUUAGAUUGCUUCGAUCCUAUUUUUUGAUGGCUUGCUAAAAUACCCGAUACAAUAAACUCGGCCGCCGAUUUAGAAUUUGCAAAAUGAUCUACUCGGAUGAAAAGCUCCUUGAACUAGUGGUACCUAGAGCACCUUCUAAAAGUGGAGCCAGCAAAUUUACACACAGGAUGUAAUGCCUUCCGAAGUUAACAGCUGUCAUGGGUUUUAUGAGCUGAGAUACAGUGUUAGCCGACUGGCGGCCAGCGUAAAAUUAACGUUUCGAAGGAAACCGUCGGCAGCGAGAACACUCGAAGAGGUUUGGCAACUUGAACGAGAAACGAGAAUCGUUCGUUUGUCCGAAGCUGAUGAGCGUGUCCUUUACGGUCAUGUAUCGUGACCGACCAAGACGUGCCGGCACGUUGCAAUUAUGCCACGGCGGCAACUAUUUUCGAAAUUAAGCAAAGGCACCCAACAACGUGUUAGAGGAAUGACUUCGAAUGUCACAAUAUAAACAUCUUUAGCACAGCAUUGGUACUCGGAAUAGCACUUAAAGGUGUUUGUCUCAUACCGUAAUUGCAGGUGCGUGCGGAGCAACAAUUUCUUUGUUCUUCAAAGUGUCAAUACGAAUUUCGUCCUCAAGUCAAGAUUUACGUCAAUCUAAACGUCGACUCCUCCACGUACCCUCUCCCAGUGUCGUUAUGACAUUCUCUUUUACAUCAGUGCUCUUUGACCACGCAAGCAUCCCGUAUGUUGGGGCCUUUCGAGUUACAGUAACUUCUAACUGGGUACUAGUGGGUACAAAGGUCGGAAGAACAGCUAUUCUGCAUUUAAAAGAAAACAAGUUUAAAAAAUCUCGUCCUCACCCUAUUUGUGGAGCUUUUCCCUGAAAGUCAUACUUGCUAAUAAUGAAAUCCGUGCUACGUGGUUUUGCGUAGCGUAUAUUGUAUGCUCUUCCAGUAGAUGUUGGUUGUUUACCUUUUGAUUGGGUAAUGCACACACUUACCCCGACUGUAUUUACAAAUUGCAUCAAGUCUUUAAUCGGGUCCUCCAGUUCAGUCUCAGCUCACUUUGUUUUCGAUCAAUGUGCUACCAUGCGUAGUUUAUGGCGAAAGCCAAGACUAAACAUUUACUUUACUUAUUACUACUUACUACUAAACAUCAACUCACUCUGAAACCUUUGCGUACCUACAGCAAACAGCCUGCUCACUAAUAAGCAUAUAUAAGAAACCAUACUCCCGACGAGACGUCAUGGAAACAGGAUGCAUGCAAAGUAAUUGCAUGAUAAUGUCAGAGGGCGGCUGAGGUCAUGUAUCGGAGGUGACUAAAUAAAAUGGGCGUGUUACAACGAAGCGUAGCCGAAGGCAAUUCGACGUUGCUUUACUUCUUCGAUCGUCAAUCCUAUGAGAUUAUUUUUCGAUACGUCUUGGUUUCUCCGGUCACGCGUUUGGUAAGAAUAUAGAGGUGUGAAAACGUAAUGAGAAAGGGGUAGUAGUACAUUUGAUUCAAUCAAAUAUUAAAUAGUUAGAUGUGGUAAAAAAAAAUGUUCAUAUCUCCAUGAGGAAGGUUGAAGCUGAAUGCCAUCGCUAGCCUUGGGUGGCACAGAGGAGACAAUCGAUAGCUGAGCUCUUCUACGCUAUGAAGAUUAAUAUUUUUUGACACAAAUGAAGAGAUAACGUUUUAGAUUAUGAAAGGUUAAUAAUUUGUUGAAUCACCAGUUGCUAGAUUUUGACGUAGCACGAUACGAUACAGUGACAAAAUACGCUGUGGGAGUUUGUGCGAUAAUGAAUUGCUUGGUAAGCUAAGAAAUUGGGGCGCAGGUUACCGAGCUUGAAAAUGGCAAG